UGAAGUAACGGCGAAUUAUAGCAGCACACAAUGAAUCAACUUAAAGGACAGAAGGAUUUUACUUUAAGGACAAAUGGAUUUUAUUUUUUUAAAUGUUAUAAAAAAAAGCCUGCCACCCUAGUGAGAAUAAGCGGUAUAUAAAAUAUAUGACUGGAGGCGUCAUUUUGAUCGAUGUUUAUACGGUUUAACACACCUAUAAGAGGAUUUUUAGUAGUGUUGCUAUUUUUCCUUGAUGCUAUUGAAAGGCUGGCUAAAGCAUUACGUCACUCUUGUAGACCCGGAAGCAGUGAGAAAUCUCCGCAUUGUACGUAGAGGGCAACAUUUUGGUAAACAUAGCUCAUGUUGAUUUGAAAUUAUCGGAGUGGUUUUGUCUCCAUAAUGGCAGAGAGUGAGGUGGACACGCCGAGUACGCCGAUCGAGUAUGACAGCAAAUAUUUUGAGUUUGAUGGGAUUCGUCUACCGCCCUUCUGUAGAGGAAAGAUGGAGGAAAUCUCCAACUUCUCCAUCAGAGGGAGUGACAUUUGGAUUAUAACGUAUCCAAAGUCAGGCACGAGUCUACUGCAAGAGUUUGUGUAUCUUGUGAGUCAAGGUGCAGACCCAGAUGAGAUUGGUCUUAUGAACAUUGAUGAACAAUUACCUGUGUUAGAGUACCCACAACCAGGCCUGGACAUCAUAAAGGAGCUCAUGUCUCCUCGCCUCAUCAAAAGUCAUCUUCCCUACCGAUUCCUUCCCAGAGGAAUACACAAUGGAGAAGCUAAGGUAAUAUACAUGGCUCGUAACCCCAAAGACCUGGUGGUGUCCUACUACCAGUUCCACCGAUCCCUGAGGACCAUGAGCUACAGAGGAACCUUCCAAGAGUUCUGCCAGCGUUUCAUGAAUGACAAGUUGGGAUAUGGUUCCUGGUUUGAACAUGUUUUAGAAUUUUGGGAGCAUCGUACGGACUCCAAUGUUCUCUUCUUGAAAUAUGAAGACAUGUACAAGGAUCUUGGAGCGUUGGUGGAACAGUUAGCGUGGUUCCUGGGUGUGUCUAGCGACAAGGCUCAGCACGACGCUAUGGUGGAGAGCUGCAGCCAACUGGUGGAACAGUGUUGCAGCUCCGAGGCGCAGGCAGCGUGCAGGGUCUCUUCAUUUUGUUUUGAGUCCAUGGAAGUCUAAUGCUGAUAUUCAGGUCACGUGGGUCUGUGGAAGGACGUCUUCACUGUGUCGAUGAAUGAAAAGUUUGAUGCCGUGUACAGACAGAAAAUGGCAAAUUCCAACCUGAACUUUCAUUUCUGCCUGGGAGAAAGGCCGGCCUGCCAGUGACCAACCUGCCGGGAAAACCAUAACUGCUCACCAGAACAACCAGAACAACCAGUGCAUGAACCCUGUGUGCUUAACUAUGUGCUUUGACCUGUCAAUCACUCCACUGUAACACCCGAGUCUGUUUGAAGCAAACCUGCAAAAUAAUGCACCACUUAAUGUACAAUUAUGUAUAUUAAGAAUUAUUUAUUUGUAUGUAUAUCAUCGCACACGCAUACAUAUACUGUGUAUAUAUACUGUAUAUAUAUAUUUAUAUUUAUUUAUUUAUUGAACAGUGUUCCCUCGCUCUAUAAUAAUUCACCUUUGGGUUCGCAAAAUUAUUUUUUGCUUAUUUUUUUUUAUGACAGGGCGAUGCCGGCCCUUUAAGAAGAAUUGCAUUGUGGAAAGUCAGUCUACAUACCCGUUCUUUUCUGCAUUCUAAUUGGCUGUAGACCACUGUCAAUCAAUCUCCUUAAUGCCGCCCUGCCGUGUCUCCUGUGAUUUGCUAGCUUGCCAGCUUGUAAACAAAGGAGGGGAACUACAACAAUGUUUUAGCAAGGAUACAAAAACGCUACAGUACAGCGGAACGGCGCCACGAGUGGAAUUUGCUUGAGUGACUUAAUUUAUUGUAACAGUUGGGUACUUUUCACUUAUUGCAGGCUAUUUUGGGACCCUCCCCACGCCAUAAACGAGGGAACACCGUGUACAUACAGACAUGUAUACACAUACACAAUGGACAUGUUUUGCUUUGUUUAUGAAAGGUCAGAAGGUGUAAUUUGAAAGCAUAACUCACAUAUUUCUUCCACUUAAGGCACCUACUUAAGUACCUACUGUUCUGAAAUGUGGAUUCGUUAUCAGUAAAUGAACACGGAACACCGUAAACCGGGAAGCACCAGUAUUGGAGAAGCACCAGUAUUGGAGAAGCACCAGUAUUGGGAGCGUUCUAGUGGGAUGCAGCAUGGCUGACCUGAUCGAUCUGUGUUUUUCUGCUCCUCCAAUUUCGACAUUUGUUCCAGAAAAAAACGUGAAUCGCUUGUGAGGCUGAGGACAGGGAUUUGAACCUGCUGCUGUGUGUUUGCGUGCCAGUUGUACUUUACUUGCCACCCGUUCAUCGAAUAAAUGUGCACAUCCUGAUCACUGGCGUUGCGUCAUAUUACAUAUUAUGAAAAAGUUGAAAUGUGAAAACGUUUCUAUUCCCUGGGGCGAAGUGACUAAAUAGUUCAGACCCAUAAAUGUGGUCACAGGAAGAGUGUUUCCAUGUUCUCCACGCGGUGGCAGAAGGUACAGGACUAACAUGUGUGUCCACCUGUUGCUCGUCAUACAACAUACAACAUACUGUAAGUCAUGGCAUGCGGUGAGAUGUUGAUUUUUCCAAUGUCUAAAAACUGAUCUAAUGAUUAUUAUAAUGGAUAACAUGUAUUGAUUAUUUAUAAAUUCAAUUAUU